AUGGUGUCCUGCUUUGGUUGUGAGUCUAAUGCUGAGAAAGACUCUAGACUAGAAGAGAACCCCAAGGUUGAGCUAACUCGACUUUCUAUUCUUGAGAAGCUAUACCUUGAUAACAAGAAGUUGUCACUUUUGCGUUCUGAACUUGGUGAAUCAAGAAGCUUAAAAGGUCUCAAUGCUGACCACAACAUGCUGGUUGCGGUACCUGUGGAACUGCCACAGUGUACAUGUGUGGGAUUAAUGGAGCUUUCUCUGGAACAAAACAAGCUUAUUCAGCGUCCGCCUGAUUUCAGGGAAAUGGCUGGGCUGCAAGUACUUGUGCCUCUUAAAUUUCUUCCUGAAAUCUUGCCCCUGCAAAAUGAUAAAUCUCUCGUACAUGUCGGGAUUGUGGCAGAUGACAACUUGCGACCAGUGAAUGUGCAGACAGAGAUGAAAAUUUUGUUGAAUACCCUUGCUGGCAAGACUAUCGACCUGGAGGUGGAGUCUGGUGACACCAUUGACAACGUUAAGGCCAUGAUCCAGCACAAGGAAGGCAUUCCCCCAUACCAGCAGUGUCUGAUCUUUGCUGGCAAGCAACUUGAGGAUGGUGGAACUCGAACACUUGCUUCCUACAACAACCAGAAUGAGUCCACCCUUUACUUGGUCCUUUGCCUACGUGGUGGUAUGCAGAUCUUUGUCAAGACUCUGGAUGGAGAUACCAUCAACCUUGAGGUCAAGAGACCAGACACCAUUGCCAAUGUCAAAGCUAAGAUCCAGGACAAGGAGGGUAUCCAAGUACUACAACAACAGCAGAAGCUUAUCUUUGCUCGCAAUGGUCAGCAGCUUGAAGAUGGCUACACCCUUGCUGAUUACAACAUUCAGGAGUCCACUCUCCAUUUGCUUAAUUAG